AUGCAAUUUCAUCAAGAUUUUCCAGAUGGUUGUGACUCUGCAACCUCCUCAGUGAAGAAACCCUUCUUUGAAACGUCGUCGUUUCCUUCUCCUGAAUCUUUCAAAUGGUGGCGCAAAGCUUCUGCAACGAAGAGCAAGCCAAACUCCUCUGAAAAAGUUAAGAAAACCCCAUUUCUAGUAAGGGAAAUUAGUGGUGAAGAUUUGAAGAUUAAAGGGAAUGUGUAUGAUGGAAAGAAACCCAGAUGUAAUCCGUAUUUUGAUGAGAAAUCGAAGAAUACCCACUUUCCAAAAAUGGAAACUAAAUCUGGGAAUUCGAAGGUGAAGGAAAAUGUUGAUGAUUCUGAGGUUCAACCCAAAUGUGAUGAAAAAUCGAAGAAAUCGCCAUUGUUAGGGAAGGAAGAUGAAGGAGAGAGAACGAGGGUUUUAGCAACUCUUAAGAUAUUUAGAGAAAAAUGCAAGGAAAUUUCACAAUCAAAAGAUGCAAUUUCGAAGAAGAGAAAUAGGAUUGAUUUUAGGGCUAAAGAAGAGUUAAGAAAAGAAGGGAAACUCAGAAUUUGUUCUAGCAAAAUUCUGGGUUCUGUACCUGGUGUUAAGGUAGGAGAUCGAUUCGAGUAUCGAGUUGAAAUCAAUGUUGUUGGACUUCAUGGUAGAGUUCAACAUGGAAUUGAUUACAUGGAGUAUUUGAAUAGGUCACUUGCUACUUGUAUAGUGGCUAAAGAAGGGUAUUCAGAUAAAAUGAGUGAUUAUGAGGUGAUUACUUAUAUGGGUGAAGGUGGCAUUGUUAAGAAUAAGGAGGGUGUUUUCUUUACUGAUCAGAAGCUUACUAGGGGUAAUCUUGCAUUGAAGAACAGUAUGAUUGCGAAAACCGAGGUUCGUGUCAUUAGGGGGCUUAAGAUUGCAGCUAAGUUUGGGAAUUGGAGGAAUGAAACGUUUACUUAUGUCUAUGAUGGGUUGUAUAGAGUUGUGAGCUAUCAGAAGAAGGUCGGACCGAGUAAGAAUAUGGUUUUCGAGUUCAAGCUGAAGAGGUGCCCUGGACAGGCUAUUGUUCCUUGGUUUAAGUUCAAGAAUUCUUGA